UUUGAUUUAUAUUGAAAAUCUGCCACUACAUGAAACUGUAGGAAGAGGAAGAGCUUCUGGAAUGAGCAAAAAUUUGUCCAUGGAUAGUCUAUUGUCUGCACUUUAAGGAACUGUGGCACUGUUCCACUUUAUCAAAGCAAGGGCCCCCUUCUCCUCUCCAACCCUCCCAUUCCUAUAUAAACUCCAUCCUUUUGAGCCUUUCCUUCUCUUCAACACACAGCCCUCUCUUCCUCAUCUUCUCCUCUCUCUCUCUCUCUCUCUCUCUGAGACACCAUUUUUUUUUUCUGUGAAAGAAAAAAAUACCCACAAUUCCACCGAACUCACAAAAAUGCAUCCAGGGAGUGCCCUUGCAGCACACUUCUCGGAACCCAUGUAUGCCCUCGACCCCCAACUAUCACCAUUCCCUAUCAUGAACAACUGUGGCUUGCCCACACUCCACUAUCCCAACCCCAUGCAAAGCCUUUGCAUGAGCAACUCUGGUUCUGACGAGGCCUCUGAGGAGCGCCAACAAGAUGAGCGGCGCCGCCGGCGCAUGCUCUCGAACCGUGAAUCAGCUCGACGCUCCCGAAUGCGCAAACAGAGGCACCUUGAUGAGCUGUGGACUACAGUGCUCCGCCUCCGUUCUGAGAACAGGCAGCUCAUUGAGAAGCUCAAUGUGACAUCAGAGCACCAUGAGAAGGUGAUGAUAGAGAAUGAGAGUUUGAGGGCCGAGGUAACAGAUCUAAGGAGAAUGCUCGAGAACAUGAGAGAGAAGGGUGGGGAGUGUGUUCAACAACCAGGGGUUGGGGUGGUGCCCUUGCCAUUGAGUGCUUUCUCCCUCUUACGUGACUUUGAAGAGGUCUCCUGCAACACAGCUCACCUCAAAGCCGAAGCCGCAUGCCAGUCAUCAUCCAUCGCCUCAUCCAUAGAUCCGCUCCAUUGACAUCUCUUUCUUCCUCCCUCUCCAAGUAUCAAGUCCAUCGAUGCAACAGAUCUCUCUCUCUCUUUCCAUAUAUCAGUCCUUUGAUACAACAGCACACGCACCCCCCAUCAAAAAACCCGCUUGUCUCUCAUAUUAUCCCUACCCGUCAUAAUUCUCAGUUGCAACGAAACAUCCCUCUCUCAUAAAAAGCUUCAAUAAAAAGAACCAUGGUGUUCAAAUGAGCUAUUUUUAGAUAGUUUACCACAGGCGCUGUACGUGUAGUCACAUGUAGCAUAUCCCCAUUUGAUCAGACUGACUGUAGUCUGUAAACCUGUGAUUGUACUCUUGUAUGAACCCCGAGAUCAACCGCUAUUGAGGGGAUUUUGAAUUAUGAGUAUUACAAUUUCAAGCCUGAAAAUUUUAUUCAUUGC